AGAUUGGCUUAUCGAUAGUAUAAGAGGAAACCGGAGUUGAAGUUUUCGGUCAGUUCAGUUCUUCCCCGCACCGUCUGCUGCAGCUCGGCCUCUCCCGCUCUUUCUGAGCGACAGGGUUCCUCCAGGUUUCCUGUCGUUCUGCUGAGACCCAGAGACCCAGAGGGACCUUACCGCUGUGACAAGACUGCCAUGGACUUCUCAGAAAUGCCUGCCUCAGACCUGACCCCCGAGUCUUACAUGCUCACUGAAGAAAAUUCUCGAGGCAAUUCAGAGCCUUUUAACUUCUCUGAAACUUUAACAAGGAACCUUAGUAAAUUGUCUAUCAGCGCUGGCGCCACUAUGUGUUCCCUUCCACCAGAGGAUUUACCCCAACCCCAACCGCCGGCUAGAGAAGAAACAGUCACCCAGGCUAUGAAAGGUGGCGUUUUUAUGCCUUACAGGAGAAGAGGAGUGAGGACUCUGUUAUCUGAGCAGAAAAACAGGCUGGCAAGACUGCGAUAUAUUAUAAUCAAGAAACUUGAGAAGCGUGAAAGAGAGGAAGAAGACGACGAUGACGACAACAACAACACUGGAUUUCAGGAUCCUCAGUGGGGUAAAUCAAGAGGUAAACCAUUCAGAUGCAGGUGUAAUUUCUGCGUGCUUAGCAAAUGGGAUCCUAAAGAAAAUGCUAAAUAG